AUGGCAACUCUUGAGGGCAAGACUGUACUCGUCAUCGGGGGAUCUUCGGGAAUAGGCUUUGCAGUAGCAAAAGCUGCUCUUCUCUCUCAAGCUGCGCACGUCAUAAUUGCCUCAUCGUCGCAGCAGAAAGUAACAGCCGCGCUUAGGAGGCUGUCGACUGAGCUUGCAACUGCAGACGUUCCUGUAGAAGGAAAUAUCUCGGGUGAGGUGGUUGACGCAAGGGAUUCUUCUUCUAUACGAUCCCUGUUUGCAUGGGUCGGUGAGAUAGACCAUCUAGUAUGGACAGGCGGUGACCCGCCUCGCGCCGGAUUUCCGCGCUUAAAUCUUGACGAGCAUAACGAUGCAUUUGACGUGCGCUUUUGGGGAGCAUUCACAGCCGCACAGGUCGCUAGAAUACGCUCAGGAGGAUCAAUUACAUUGACAAUUGGUGGAGGCAUCGUAAGACCACGUAAAGGAUGGUCACUCAUGGCGGGAGUGGCAGGAGCUGUUGAUUCGCUCACUCGCGGACUCGCAGUGGACCUUGCACCCGUCCGAGUGAAUGUUGUAAGUCCUGGUCUGGUGAACACCACGUUCUGGGACAGUGUCCUGCCAGAUCCAGAUAAAAUCUUUGAUGACACUGCAAGGUCCUUGUUAGUGCAACAUGUUGCCGAAGCAGAUGAAGUUGCUGAGGCAUACUUGUUCCUCAUGAAGUGUGGGUAUAUUACGGGUCAACGAAUCGAGGUCGACGGUGGUGCCAGAUUUGUCUGACUCACAGCAUACUAGCUAAGAUUGACUAGUUGUUCUUAUAUUCUCAAUACAC